AUGGUGUAUCUGAAAGAACUUCACGUACAAAACUUCAAGUCAUGGCGAGGGAAUCAAGUUAUCGGUCCGUUCUUGCCAUUUACCUGUAUAAUUGGCACAAAUGGCUCUGGCAAGUCCAAUGUGAUGGAUGCCCUGAGCUUUGCCAUGGGGGAGCGGGCUGCCUCUCUCCGGGUGAAGCACCUCAGGGACCUGAUACACGGAGCCCACAUUGGGCAGCCGGUGCGCGACACCGCCAGCGUUGCCAUGCUGUUCUGCGGCUUCGAUGCCGUGGAGACUGUCUUCUCCCGGACCAUCACAGGUGACUCCUCUGCAUAUCACAUCAAUAAUAGACUUGUCACUUUCACCAAAUACAUGGAGGAGCUGGAGAAGAUUGGCAUUGUGACCAAAGCCCAAAACUGUCUGGUGUUCCAGGGUGCAGUGGAGUCCAUAGCUUUGAUGGACCCAAAGGAGAGGACCAAGAUGUUUGAGUGCAUCAGUCAGUCGAGAGAGUGUGCUGCAGAGUAUGAUAAGAAGAAAGGGGCCAUGCUGAAGGCCAAAGAGGACACGCAGUUUCACUUCAACAAGAAGAAAUCUGCUACUGUCGAGAAGAAAGAGGUGUCUCAGGAAAAAAUAGAGGCCCAGAGGUACCAGGCGCUGGUGGACGACCUUCACAAAAACCGCCUGCAGCUGAGCUUGGCUGAGCUCUACCAAAAUGAGAAGGGCAUCAACACCCUCAGCAACACCCUGAGGGAGAAACAGCAGACUGCUGCUGCGAAGAACAAUGAACUGGUGAACGGGGAGCAGCUGGUCAAAACCUGCAAGAAAGAACAUGGACGCCUCACCAGAGAGCAGCAGCAUGUAGAAAAGGAGAUCCGUGCCCAGGAGCAUGUCCACUCCCAGUGCAGGUCCCAGUACAUCAAAGCCAAGGUAAACACUUCCCAUCACAUGAAGAAGGCAGAGGAAGUCCAUGGUUCACUUAGGAAGAGUCAGAAGCUGAUGGCUAUUAAAGAGCAUGAGCUGGCAGAGGCACGACAGGAGAUCACUGAACUAGAGAGAACCUGGAGCAACUAUGAGAAGCAGGUGCAGGAGAAGGGAGCCUCCUGGGGAAGAGACAUUCAACUGGAUGAGGAUCAGCUACAGCGAUACAAAGAGCUGAAGGAGCUGGCUCGAAAGCAGGGGGCCAUCUUAAGACAGCAGGCAGAGAAGCUGCACUGGGAGGUUAGAGCGGACUGCGAGAAGAUGGCUUUUGAUAAGCACAAAAAGAAGGAAGUGAAGGCCGCUAUCAGGAACAACCAGACUCAGCUGGGAAAUUUGACAAGCAGGGUAGAGAAGCUAGAGGAGUACACCAAGAACUGCAGCUCAUCCCUUGAAGAGUUCCGUCAGCGAGAAGAGAGCCUGGGUGCAGAGCUGCAGCGUGGCUGCCAGCGCACCGAGGAGGUGAACCAGGAGCUUGGACAGGUGGUGGAGGAGCUGAGGAAUGCACGUUUGGACACCCAGGAGAGCAGACGCCAGCUGCAGCGCAAAGAGAUGCUCGAGAAGCUCCGCAGACUAAACCCUGAGAAUGUGUAUGGUCGUUUGUCUGACUUGUGCAGCCCCAUCCAUAAGAAGUACCAGAUAGCUGUCACCAGGGUGUUUGGCCGCUACAUGAAUGCCUUAGUAGUGACCUCGGAGAAAGUGGCCCAAGACUGUAUCUGUUUCUUAAAGGAGGAGCAAGCUGAACCUGAGACCUUCUUGCCCAUUGAGUACUUGGAUGUGAGACCUCUGAAUGAGCGACUGAGGGAGGUGCCAGGUGCCAAGAUGGUUGUUGAUGUUGUACAGGUUAACGCUGCCGCAGGUGCUGCCCAGCUGAGGAGAGUGGUGCAGUUUGUCUGUGGCAACGCCAUGGUGUGUGAAACCAUGAAAGAAGCAAGGAGUGUGGCUUUUGACAGGCAGGAACGCAUUAAGACAGUAUCUCUGGACGGGACGCUGUUUGCACAGUCAGGUGUGAUCUCUGGAGGCUCCAGUGACCUGCGGACCAAAGCUCAUUGCUGGGACAAGAAGGCCAUGACGCUGCUGAUGGAACGCAAGGACCAGCUGACUGCAGAGCUGCGUGAUUUGAUUAGACUGAAGAGGAAGGAGUCAGACCUGAAACAGAUCAUUGCUCAGACUCAGGGUGCAAAGACCCGCCUUAAAUACUCCAAAAUUGAGCUGCAAAAUCUUCGGAAGGAAAGCAUCCUGAAAUGCCAAGCGGAGAUUUCUCGAAUGGAGAGUGAAUUAGCAAACCUGUCCUCUCAAAUCCAGAUGCAGCAGGAGGGUGUUGAGGUAAAGGAUGCAGAGAUGAAGAAGAUCAGAGACAGGAUUGACCAGAUUGAAGACUUGGUGUUUUCUGACUUCUGUGCUGACAUCGGUGUGGACAGCAUUCGAGAAUAUGAGCAGGAUCAUCUGAAACAGCAAACAGAGCUUGAGAAGAAGCGGCUGGAGUUUGAGAGUCAGUAUGCUCGCUUGAAUGUGCAGUUGGAGUAUGAACAAAACCAACUGGAGCAGGAGAAGAAGAAGCUCCACAAGAUGGAGCAAACCAUCAACAAUGAGGAGAGAAUCAUAGCUGAGCAGAGGAAGGAUGAGGAGAAGCUGCUGGUGGCGAUGGAGGAGGAUCAGAAGAAACUGCUGGAGCUGAAGAACCAGCUGCUGUCAAAGAAGAGCCAUGUUGCCGCUGCCAAAUCUGAGCUGGACCAGAAAACCCAAAGCGUCCAAGAGAUCAACAAAGAGUUGGCGAAGCUUCAGCGGGAGGUGAUGACUGCAGAGACGGCGUUGGAGCAGCAACGCUUGGCCAGGCACAACUUGCUGCUGGCCUGCAAGAUCCAGAAUCUGCCCAUCCCUCUGCUGUCAGGAAGCCUGGAUGAAAUCAGUGAGGUGCAGCUGGACGCAGAAUCUGAAAGCACUUCAGCCACCAUGGACGUCUAUGAGAGAGAGGCACAGCUAGUCAUUGACUACUCUGGAGUGGAGGCAGAACUGAGGAGUCUGCAGGCAGAGGAGGAGGUGGGGGCCUACUUGGAAAGGCUGGAGGAGUCAAUUUCUUCCACAGAGGGAAUGCUGCAUCGCACCACUGCCCCCAACCUGAAAGCUCUGGAGAAGAUGAGGGAGGUGAAGGCCAAGUUAGAAGGAGUAACAGAAGCCUUUGAUGCCAGCACCAGAGUGGCCAGAAAAUGCAGCCAAGAGUUUGAGCAGGUCAAAUCCCAACGCUUCUGCCUCUUCAGCCAGUGCUUUGACCAUGUGUCUGCCCUGAUUGAUCCGACCUAUAAAAGACUGUGCAGGAACAGCAGUGCCCAGGCCAUUCUGAGUGCAGAGAAUCCGGAAGAGCCGUACCUCAGUGGCAUCAACUACAGCUGUGUGGCACCAGGGAAGCGCUUCAUGUCCAUAGACAAUCUGUCGGGUGGAGAAAAGGCCAUCGCUGCCCUGGCGCUGGUGUUUGCCAUCCAAAGCUUCCAACCUGCUCCCUUCCUCAUCCUGGAUGAGGUGGAUGCAUCCCUGGACAACUCUAACAUUGGCAAGGUGACCAGUUUCAUCAGAGAGGAGACGAGGCAGAACGCGCAGAUCAUUGUCAUCUCCCUGAAGGAGCAGUUUUACUCUAAGAGCGACGCCUUGCUGGGAGUCUACUCAGAUUUUGCUGAAUGCAUGUUCAGCCGCAUGCUGACCCUGGACCUGCGGUCCUACCCUCUGGUUGAAGAAGACAGUGAGAAAGAGCCGGACACGGAGAGGACAGGACCUAUGUAUCAUAGAAUCAUCUGA